AUGCAGAGCCACGUGAACGGUGAACCCAGGCCGCACCUAGCUCACCUUCUCGCACGGCUCAACCGCAUCGAUGGCCGCUCCAUCCUUGCCACACUCUCCGUGUCGGUCACCGCCCAACGGUGCCUGUUCCCCUCGCCGGACAGCGGCGGCGACGAGCAGCCAGCCUGCAGCGACGGCGUCAUCUCCUACGUUCACCACUCGGACGGCUUCGACGACGGCGCCACCGCGCCCAAGACCGCAGAGGACUGGGCGCGCCGACACCGCGUUACCGCCGAGAGCCUCUCCUCCAUCGUUGCGCACUUCGCCGCCGGUGGGAAGCCUAUCACGUGCAUCGUGUUCAUGAUGGCGGGGCCCACGAUGGUGGACGUGGCGAGGAGCCACAGCAUCCCUUUUGUCGUGUCCUGGAUCAGGCCGGCCACCGUUCUCGACAUCGAGUACCACUACUUCCACGGCGGCUACCGCGAGCUCAUCACCGGGCACGCCACCGGCGGCGACCACGCGCACAAGGUGAGCAUGAGCUUGCCCGGACUAAGCCAUCCUCUCCUACUAUGGGACUUCCUGUCCUUCCUGCUCGAUAAGAUAGGCAGCGUGCUGGCCAAUGCCCUCAUGGAAAUGUUCCGAGAGCUAUUCGAGAGCAUGGACCAAUGGCGGCCCAAGGUGCUCGUGAACACGAUCGAGGAGCUAGAGGCCAACGUGCUCGCGGAGAUGAAGCGGCACCUGGACGUGGUCACCGUCGGCCCCAUGCCGACGAAUGUGUACUUGGUUGAGGAAGAGUGGGAGGUUGGGGUCAGAGGGCAAAACAGCGAUGGUGUGGUAACAAGGACAGAGUUGGCAAGAUGCAUUGAGUUGGUCAUGGGUGAUGGUGCAAAGGCAGUGGCGAUAAGGGAGAGGAUGAAGGAAUUGAAAGAGAUAGCGCAAGCAGCAGCAAGUAUAGGCGGGUCUAUGGACAGAAACCUUCGUGUUUUUUUGUCAAAACAUUCCAAGCUCCUGAGUCCUGACACAUUUUGCAUAAGACGAAGUGUCAUGACUAAAUCAGUAUAA